UAUCUACACACACCACACAUAGAAGUAGCUAGACUGCUCACACGCUACGUAGAAGUAGACGUGCAGAGCAUCUUAAACAAAACUAUACAAAGCUUCAAACAUUGUUGUCCCCCAUGGCAGCAGCAGCAGCAGCAGCCAUCGCCGUAGUUGCCGCCACCAUCAUCCUCUCCGCCGCUACUACCAUAACGCCGGCGGCCGCGGCGGCUGUCGAGCACACGUUCGUGGUGAGCCAGGUGAACAUGACGCACAUGUGCAACGAGAUUCCGGUCACUGUGGUGAACGGGCAGCUGCCGGGGCCAACGAUAGAGGUCACUGAGGGAGACUCGGUGAUCGUGCACGUUGUCAACAAGUCGCCCUACAAUAUGACAAUCCAUUGGCAUGGAGUGUAUCAGAUGCGAAACUGUUGGAACGACGGGGUGCCAAUGGUCACCCAACGCCCCAUCCCUCCCAACGGCAACUUCACCUACCGGUUCGACGUCGCCGGGCAGGAAGGCACCCUUUGGUGGCACGCCCACGACGCCUUCCUCCGGGGAACCAUCUAUGGCGCUCUCAUCAUCCGGCCCCGGCAAGGCGGCGCCGCCGCCUAUCCGUUUCCCAAGCCUCACAAGGAGGUCCCCAUUCUCAUAGGGGAAUGGUGGGAGAAGGACCUUGCAGCGGUGGACAGGAAUUUUUCCAAAGGUCUAUAUGACGAAUUCUCCAGUGGGUCCACAAUCAACGGCAAGCUUGGAGAUCUCUUCAACUGCUCCGGUGUGUUUGAAGAUGGCUACGUGCUGGACGUGGAGCCCGGCAAGACAUACCUGCUUCGAAUAAUCAACGCCGCGCUCUUCUCCGAGUACUUCCUCAAGAUCGCCGGGCACAAGUUCACGGUGGUCGCCGCCGACGCCAACUACCUCACGCCCUACACCACGGACGUCAUCGUGAUCGCGCCCGGCGAGACGAUGGACGCCCUGGUCGUCGCCGACGCGGCCCCCGGCAGGUACUACAUCGCCGCCCAGCCUAUCCAGGCGCCUCCGCCGGACACGCAGACGCCGGAGUUCGCCACCCGGGGGACCUUGCAGUACAACACCGGCGGCGCCACGAACUCGAGCCGUGACGACAACGUCGUGGCUCUGGCACCUGAGAUGCCUGACGAGCACGACACCAUCAAGUCCUUCUACUUCCACGGCAACCUGACGGGCCUCCGCCACCGGCGGCAGCGCGCGCGUGUGCCGGCGAGCGCCGACGAGCGGCUCUACGUCACGCUCGGGCUGGGCUCCAUCUGCCGGCACGGCCGCAAGACGUGCAAGAGAGGGGACGAGCCGGAGAGCAACCUGGUGAUCGCGAACAUGAACAACGUCUCCUUCCACGACGCGACGGCGACGCCGAUCCUCGAGGCGCACUACUACCACCGCCGCCGCGACGACGACAACGGCGGCGAGGGCACGGCGGCGGUGCUCCCCGACCAUCCGCCGAGCGCGUUCAACUUCACCGACACGGCGCUGAUCCCGUUCGGCCCCGAGGAGAUGCGGCUGGAGCCGACGAACAGGGGUACGGUGGUGCGGCGGUUCAGGCACGGCGCCGUGGUGGACGUCGUGUUCCAGAGCACCGCCAUGCUGCAGAGCGACUCCAACCCGAUGCAUCUCCAUGGACACGACAUGUUCGUGCUCGCGCAGGGGAUCGGCAACUACGACGCGGCAAGGGACGAGGCCAAGUUCAACCUGGUGAACCCGGCGAGGAAGAACACUGUCCUCGUCCCAAAUCUUGGCUGGGCGGCCAUAAGAUUUGUCGCCGAUAAUCCAGGGGCAUGGUUCAUACAUUGCCAUUUUGAGUUCCAUUUGGCGAUGGGCAUGGCUGCAGUGUUCAUUGUAGAGGAUGGACCAACGCCAAAUACAUCCCUCCCUCCACCACCACCGGGUUUCAUGGAAGGAAGUCCAUGACAAUAAUCUCCUGUUCCAAGUUAUUUCUACCUCAUCCAAAAAAAAAAGAACUGCGAACUCUCAAGAGACAUGGAGUCAGCGUCUAUCUAGAAGAUAAUCUUCUACUGUUAGUAGUUUCUGAAUAAACCAAUUAAUUUAUGAAUUAAUGAUGUAUGUAUUCUUAGAGACAAAUAAACGUAUGUGUCAUUUUCAUGUA